GUCUCUGGGGAACAAGGCUCAUGGAAGAAAGCAGCACUAACCGAGAGAAAUACCUUAAAAAUGUUUUGCGGGAACUGGUCACGUACCUCCUUUUCCUCGUGGUCCUGUGCAUCUUGACCUAUGGCAUGAUGAGCUCCCACGUGUACUACUACACCCGGACGAUGUCACAGCUCUUCCUAGACACCCCCGUGUCCAAAACGGAGGCGACUAACUUUAAAACUCUGUCUUCAACAGAGGACUUCUGGAAGUUCACAGAGGGCCCCUUGCUGGAUGGACUGUACUGGAAGGCGGAGCCCAGCACCCACUCCGGAGCAGACAACCGCAGUUUUAUUUUCUACGAGAACCUGCUGCUAGGGGUCCCGCGCAUCAGGCAGCUCAAAGUCAGAAACGGAUCCUGUUCCAUCCCUCUGGACCUUAGAGAUGAGAUUAAAGAGUGCUAUGACGUCUACUCGGUCAGCAGUGAAGACAGGGCCCCCUUUGGGCCCCGAAACGGAACCGCUUGGACCUACACCAGUGAAAAGGACUUGAACGGGAGCACCCACUGGGGGCUGAUCGCAGCAUACAGUGGCGCAGGCUAUUACCUGGAUCUGUCGAGGACCAGAGAGGAAACAGCCGCCCAGCUUGCUGGCCUCAGGAAGAAUGUCUGGCUGGACCGAGGAACCAGGGCAGCUUUCAUUGACUUUUCCGUGUACAAUGCCAACGUGAACCUGUUCUGCGUGGUCAGGUUGUUGGUUGAACUCCCAGCAACAGGAGGCGUGGUUACCUCUUGGCAGUUUCAGCCCGUGAAGCUGAUCCGCUACGUCACACCUUUUGAUUUCUUCUUGGCGGCCUGUGAGAUUCUCUUUUGUUUCUUUAUCCUGUACUAUGCCGUGGAAGAGAUACUGGAAAUUCGCAUUCACAAACUGCGCUACUUCAGAAGUUUCUGGAAUUGUCUGGAUGUGGUGAUCGUUUUGCUUUCGGGGACAGCGAUUGGAAUUAACAUCUACCAAACGUCAAGUGUGGAGGGGCUCCUCCACUUUCUACAGGACCAAAACACUUUCCCCAACUUUGAGCACCUGGCAUCCUGGCAAAUGCAGUUCAACAGUAUCGCUGCUGUCACCGUGUUUUUUGUCUGGAUUAAGCUCUUCAAAUUCAUCAGCUUUAACAGGACCAUGAGCCAGCUGUCCACAACCAUGUCUCGGUGUGCCAAGGACCUCUUCGGCUUCGCCCUCAUGUUCUUCAUUAUUUUCCUGGCGUACGCCCAGUUGGCGUACCUUGUCUUCGGCACUCAGGUGGAUGACUUCAGUACCUUCCAAGAAUGUAUCUUCACUCAAUUCCGUAUCAUUUUGGGCGAUGUCAACUUCGCAGAGAUUGAGGAAGCUAAUCGAGUUUUGGGACCACUUUAUUUCACUACCUUUGUGUUCUUUAUGUUCUUCAUUCUUUUGAAUAUGUUUUUGGCCAUCAUCAAUGAUACUUACUCGGAAGUGAAAUCUGAUCUGGCCCAGCAGAAAGCUGAAAUGGAACUCUCAGAUCUUAUCAGAAAGGGCUACCAUAAAGCCUUGGUCAAACUAAAGCUGAAGAAAAAUACCGUGGAUGACAUUUCAGAGAGUCUGCGGCAAGGGGGAGGCAAGUUAAACUUUGACGAACUUCGCCAAGAUCUCAAAGGGAAAGGCCACACUGAUGCGGAGAUUGAAGCAAUAUUCACCAAGUAUGAUCAGGAUGGAGACCAGGAACUCACCGAACAUGAGCACCAGCAGAUGAGAGAUGACUUGGAGAAAGAGAGGGAAGACCUGGACUUGGACCACAGUUCUCUACCACGACCCAUGAGCAGCCGAAGCUUCCCAAGGAGCCUGGAUGAUUCUGAGGAGGAUGAUGAUGAAGACAGUGGACACAGCUCCAGGAGGAGGGGAAGCAUCUCCAGUGGGGUUUCUUAUGAGGAGUUUCAAGUCCUGGUGAGACGAGUAGACCGCAUGGAGCACUCGAUUGGCAGCAUCGUGUCCAAGAUUGAUGCCGUGAUCGUAAAGCUGGAAAUCAUGGAACGGGCCAAACUGAAGAGGCGGGAGGUGCUGGGGAGGCUGCUGGACGGGGUGACUGAGGAUGAAAGACUGGGUCGUGACAGUGAUAUCCACAGGGAACAGAUGGAGCAGCUGGUGCGAGAAGAGCUGGAGCGCUGGGAAUCAGAUGACGCAGCUUCCCAGCUCAGUCAUGGUCUAGGCACACCGGCAGGACUCAACGGUCAGCCUCGGCCUAGAAGCACUCGCCCUUCCUCCUCCCAGUCCGCAGAUGGCCUGGAAGGUGGAGGUGGAAACAGCAAUUCCAACGUCCAUGUAUAACACUUGUGUCAUUGUGUAUCACCCAGCAAGUGGGAAGGUGACUAUCACCAAUUGCCAUAGAAAGUUCACCACUUACAUGCUCCACCUGCCAUAUGAUGUUGGUCUUUGUGACCAAUUAUUAAUCUUUUGCACUUUAAUUUAUUGUAUAUAAACUUUACCCAUGGAUCAGGACUUUUUUUCAUUUUCUCAUAUAAGAAAUCAAGAUGUACAUACUGAAUUGAGGACAAAAAGAAAAUUGUUGAAGAGCACCUAGAACGGUAUGCUCAGAUGCUACCCUACCUAAGUCUGCUCUUUUGACAAUGAUGUAGCCUUUAAAGCUAGAAAAGAACAGUCAUGGGGCUGCUGAGUUCCACUUCUAGCCAGAAAAACAGUGUUGCCAUUUCUGUCCAGUAUGUGAAGGGAAAGGAGGGUACCUUUUCCACUCAAGUGCCACUAAUGAGCUGAAUAAAUAGCUUUCCUGUAGGAAAGGAAUUUUAAUUCAGCUACCUUCCUGGGGUGAACUUUCCUAAAACAUGAAGUAGAAAAAAAACUCCAAAGCAUAGAAUGAGUAUGUAACCAUUACACCAGAAUCUGUAUGAAUGGUUAACAUAAAUGUUAGGUACUGUGUAAUUUUUGUUGUUUUCUCAUAUCUACUAUCUACAGGACUAACAAAAUCACUUUCAUAUUAUUUUAUCUUUCAUUAGAAACAAAAUGAGUAACAGGACUGGGGAUAAAUUACAGGAUAAAUGAUACUUGUAACUAAAACAUAAGAGAAUUGGAAGGAACCCUAAUUUGCUUCCAACUUUUGACAUUUUCAGUAAUUUGGAAGUACAAAAUUACAUUAGGUGCUUUCCCUUUGCUAGUACAAAAUACUGAACACUUAAAGGAGGAGAGAUUUUAAUGGUUCACAGUUGUCGAGGGUUCAGUCCAUAGUCCACUGGCUCCCAGUAAGGAACGUCAUGGUGGAAGACUCUGGUGGAGCAAAGCUGUUCACUUCAUUGUGGCCAGGAAGCAGAGCUGGUUGGAAAGAUUGCCAGAGAGGAAAGGGAUAGAAACAGGUAUCAUUUAUCCUGUAAUUUAUCCCCAGUGGUUUUACGAACCUUAUUUCUAAUGAAAAGUGAUGCCUUCAUGACCAACCCAGUCACAUACAUAAGUGUGCUUUACUAAUCUGCUAGGAGUCUUUAUCCACUUAAGUUGACAGUCAGGAUUAAUAGUGACCAAAAUUUGUCCAUAUAUUCUCUUUCCCAUGUGUCUCUACCCAUCUGCAGCUGAGUUAAUGUUACAACUAACCUAGUAGGACCAACUAAGUUUUAUGGUAUACACUCAACUUUUUAACUCAGUAAAUUUGUUCAUAUUAAGCAAAAUUUUGAACACGUUUUAAAAUUCAUAAAGCUUUAGUAAAACUGAAGUUUUCAUUUUAUACCAGCUCAGGGAUAUAGUUCUGAAAUAUUUUGUGCCCUACAUUUAAAAACUCAAAUUGAUACUAUAAAUGAAGUUUAAAAGGAGGUUUUUGUACUGAAAAUACAUCCAUUAUCACAGCGUGUUUAACCCAACUUGUUUUUGUUAGGAGAAUGUCUCGUCAAAUUUAUGGGGGGGGGGGUCUAUUUUGCAAUAAAAAAAUAAAACUGGUAUUUUUCAAAAGUGUUGACUAAUGUGACCUUUUGAGAGCUAACAGGAGAAGUAAGAGACAGUACAGUGUUGGUGAGAAAUCCUCAACUGGGGAAACCAUAGAAGAGAGUCCUGUUUUUUUUUUUGUUUUGUUUUUGUUUUUUGUCUUUUUCCAGUACUGAGAAUUGAACUCACAACCUUGCGCUUGCCAGGCAGGUGCUGUGCCACUGAGCUAAAUCCUCAGCUCAGAGAGUCCUGUUUUUUUAUACUGGGUCUUUAAUUCCCAAGUUGCUCGCUCACUGAGUAGAAAGCCUCAGUCUAAUUUCCAGUGAAGAGGUGAGUGGACGGGCCUUCCCAGAUUGGCUUCUGUAGGAGUGAAGCAUCCUGAGAUUCUCCAGUGUCACUCUCUAGGACUUCAUCUUUAUCUUUCAUAUGCUGCACACGUUUUUUAUUCCUAGGUACUGACAUAUACACUCCAGAAGAAUUGGGUGUACGUGUUUGGUGUGUGUGUACCAUGUUACUAAGUGUAAACAAGCUUCACUGUGAAGUGCAUUCUCCUUGUGUGGUGUCCACGUGUACUGACCAUGUGCCAUGUAUCAAUCAUGGUCACAAGAAGUCUGUUUAUUAUGUGUAUUAUUAUUAAUGUGUUGUCUUUCAUUUCACUUGUAAAAUGAAUGUUACAGAAUUCUUUCCUUGUACCUUUAAAUUCUAUACAUUUAUCAUCUUCCAUCAUAGAAAAUUCACUCCUCAUCACUUCCCCACCAUCUUCCCCUCUGCAUUGUUACAAUAAAGAUGUUACAUACGCAAGCCUUUCUCAACAAUCAAGAAUUUCAUUAAUGUAUAAUACUGAGCACUUUGCUUUUUAAUAAAGGCUUGAUGUGAUAACAGAUGUA